UCCGUCUAUAACCAUUCGAACCAUUCAUUUGAACAAGUGUCUGUUAUUUCUCAUUCGUUUCUGAACAUCUUUUUAAACCAUCCUGUAUCUACCUGGCUGUUUAUUUCUCGUAUAUACAGAAGCCAGAUGAGAGAAUGCUUCUCCUAUUCCAUAGUCUCAGAUUUGAAACCAUUGAACACUGACCUCCAUAUCGGGGAUCCUUUGAGGGGGAGGAUCAAACUAUCUCAUCGACAGUUGUAAUGUCUGCCAAAGCUGCGAGCAAGGUUGUUAAGCAGUUAGCAGGGAGUGGGACAGGUCAGAGCUUAAUGGAUAGAGUCACGCAAGCAAAGUAUAGUUUGGCAGGUUCUGGUCUCGGGAAAGUCGUCGCGAAAGCAACCACAGAGGAAAUUGGUGCUCCGAAGAAAAAACACAUUGAUUAUCUAGUAAACUGCAGUAAUGAACCUAAUGUCUCUAUCCCACUACUUGCUGGGCUUCUUGUGGAAAGGACACAAGAAAAAUCAUGGGUGGUUGUUUUUAAAGCUCUCAUAACUACUCACAAUCUUAUGAAUUUUGGGAAUGAGAAAUUUUCCCAUUAUCUUGCCUCCAAUAACUGUCCGAUUGACCUUCCACAUUUUAAUGAUAAAACAAGCUCUCAAUCUUAUGAAAUGUCCAUAUUCAUUCGCAAGUAUUCAAAAUACUUGAGUGAAAAAGUUUCUUCUUACAGAGCUAUGGCUUUCGACUUUUGUAAAGUGAAACGGGGGUAUGUUAUUUUUUAAUUUUAAAUUUGUUUUUACUCACGUAGUAUUGUCAGUUAUAUUUCGUGGUCAAAGUUAUUCCUAAGUUCUUUUCAAGUUCAAUUGUUUGGAGUAUCUUGAGGAAACUUGAGUUAUAUUUGUGUUGGCAUUUUUAGUUGUUCAUUUUUUGUAGGGUCUUGAGAUUAUUGUCAUUAUGUUUGUCGAUCAGUCAGUCGAUGGUUUUAUAUCGUCCGAUAAUUUAUUGUAUUUUAACACAAAGAUAUUGGUACAAGGAGGCACCAAGUACAUAUGCGCCACAUAAAUCUCAUUCGAUAUCUGUGAGGGCUGUGAUACUGCCCGGGUGCCCAAACCGAUAAUAGUCUAUACAGAGAGCUAGACUUAGUUAACUGUGUCCAAUUUCCGCUCUCCCAUUUGUUCUUUGCUCAGCUAUUGGUCCUAGAACGAUUAAAGCUUUUCAUAAAUUGAAGCACAUUUAUAUUAGGGCUAUUUCGUUCUGUGUCGUCAAUAAUAAAGUUGAAAUUCUGGCCAUUUUAAGAUUUCAAGCUGACUGGUUGCAAAAGUUGUAACCAAGCUAAGUAGUAUGUCUAAUAGUCUGGCAUUUCCACAUGUAAAGAGUAUCCCUAAGUCAUUUGUAAUCGUAAAUUUAGCUGCUUCCAUAAACAGUAUUUAUACAGUUGAUAUGUCCUUUGGUAAUGAAAAAGUGUUUAUUAGACCAAACUAUCAGUUGCAAUUACGAUAAGAUUUUGUUGGUUCUUAUCUUCAUACCCCCGCUUUUAGAUUCACAUUACUGUUAGAAUAAUUGCUUUCAGUUUUGUGAUUUUCCUGUUACAUUUCUCUAAUUAUUCUGAUUUUCAUGUUGUUAACGGGGUGCCAAAGCCGGAGCGUUUUUUACUUAUCCGGGUUUUCUCUUUAACUGUUCUGUUUUUUUGACUUUAAACAUUCCUUUAUGGUCGCAUGGCUCUGUUUUGAUUAGGCGUGAUGAUGGUGUUUUACGAACAAUGCCAGUUGAUAAGGUAACCUUUGUUGUGCGACAUUUAUGUUGUGGGUAAUGAGUUUUAUCACUAUUUGUAACCAAUACUUUGUUGUGCUUUUAAAAACAUGGAUUUUAGUUGAGAUACAUCAGAAACUUAUAUGAGUAGUUAUUUUCCUAGUUCGGAUUAGCCUUUACUGUUCGGUGUGAAUAUUUUUUUCGUUAUGCCACUUUCAGCUUCAUUUCACUUAUUGAUCCGUCGUGUUAUUUCAUACUUAAGACCUAUGUCAAUUUCAAAAUGUCUUGUGUCAAGAUGGGAUCACAUCAUAAACUUCUAGUUAUAAGCAUGAAGUUCCAUGAUAGAAAACAUCUGUAAUGAUUUAAAACACUAAGAUGACUCAGUCUUUAUCCACUUGGCUUCCAGCCAUCAUGUCUCAGGUUAAGAACUCGCUCCACGUACUUAGGUUUGAAUUGCCAAAAUUAUGUAACUCCAAGUGCUUAGGAUCCAAAACACCCUUAGAAUUAAAUUAAGUGACGACUCAACAGAAAAUAUAAUGUAAGAGGAUAACAACCUACCUUAAUUGAUAAAGAAGCCAUACUAAUUUACUUACUUGUAUAUGCGUUAUGUAAUCAACGCUCUUAGAUUCAGCCAGUCGACACUCAUCAGCCGUCAAACUUUGUCAUCUAGUUAAUGAACUACUCUUCAACUGACUCAGCAAAAUCAUUACUCAACUAGAUUAUGAGACAAAUCAUAAACAAGUCUAUUGCCGUAAAAGGCACUGCUGUGUUAUGAAUCUUCAGAAUCUCAAAAUUCGAGUUUCUACUUAAGAUCUCAAGUGAUUGACUGUUUUUUGCAUACAAUCUAUACAUAGUACUGUUACUGUUGGCAAGAUUUUGUAAGCUUUUGUGUUCUCUUGAUUAGUCAGAAAAUUCUGAGUAUAGUGUUGUUAUAAAUCGCUUUUCUUACGGUUAUGACUCAGCUAUUCCUAUUGCUUAGUAUUCUCGAGCACCGGUUCACUCGACAAGUCCCCAAAUCAGAACACGGUUGAACAGGAAAGAGAUUAUAUUCCAAAUAACAAAGUUAGUUGGAAGUAAGAAGCAAAUCAGAAGCACAAUAGGGAAAACGUCAGUAUAUUUAUAGUUUUCACAUAAGAAGAUUCCAGAGUAUUCUCCAACUAUCGACUAGUGCUGAUUGGAUAAGAAUGAGCCAAUCAGCGUGCAUCAAAGCAAUCAUGCAUUGAGCAUGCUUUAAUCCAGUCUAUGUCCCGCUAACACCUCCCCUUUGAGCAGAUUCGUAGGAUCUGGUGCUAGGGUCCAACUGCAACCGAGUGACUGGUCUGUGCUUUCGAUUAGUCCAUCGUCUAGGCAAUAGAGAAGUAUCACUUUUUUCUUGCACAGAAACUGACGUGUCUAUUCCCGGCGUUUUGAUUUCAAAGGUGUCUAGCAGAACAUCAAGAGGUAAUCGAUAUUGAAUCUUGUUGCUGGCUAUCGAAGUUGCUUUCAAUUGGUUAGCAUGACGUACCCAAACUUCUGAGCCAACUGACACCUCGUAAACCACACUCCCCUUCUUUUUCAAGAUCCGACCAGCUGUCCAUGUAGGAUGUUUCCCACGAUAGUCCAUAGCAAGCACUUUUUCUCCCACCGUGAACAAUCGUCUUUGUGCCCCGUGAUGUCGGUUGAACUGAUCCUCCAUCGAUAGGUUUCGUUGGGGUUUAAUAGCUGGCGUAGGACGGAUGACAUCGAAAUGUGUUCGUAUUUUUCUUUUCGGUUUUCUUAGUAACCUAUCACCUGUCUUCUUUGGAAGUACUGGGGUGUCCAAUGAUGAACGUGAUACGUUACAGACACUGUUAAUUGGUACAUCCAUUAUUCCAAGUUUGUCUAGCAUAUCUAGACCAAGAAGAUCAAGGUUCGGCCGUUCUGUUAGGUAACAUAUUUCUGUACAGUUAGUUCCAUUGAAGGAAAAUUCACACUGUAAUUCACCAACCAGUUUUAGCACACCACCUGAUGCGUUUUUAGCCGUUUUCUUAGAUGGCUUCAUUGGCGGUUUACCCAGCAAGUUAUACGUUUCUCUAGACACUAACGUGAUAUCUGAUGCCGUGUCAAUUUGAAGACGAGCUGAUAUGCCGUUUAUCUGGAUGGUAACAUACUUUCUCUGAAUGUCAUAGUUUGUUUGAAAGGCAGCUACCAAAGAAAGAGAUUUGGACUCGGCUGAUUUCACAUGUCGAGGACGUUUAUGCUUCUUUUUAGGCUGAGACGUACGCUUCGGUGGACAAUGACCUUCUUUAUGUCCACGUUUGUUGCACGCCUGACAUUUAUGCUUCUUGAACAGACAGAAUCGUGCAUAAUGCCAAUCACCGCGUAACCAGCAUGCAGUCCUUGGUUUGUUACGAGUUGUUACCGGCUUCUGAACUUUUAACCUAGUAGUAGUAUUGACACUACCGCAGGUUAAAUUAGGAUUUACCUGUUCAAUCAACUCGUUGUCGUGUCUGAUGCUUUGUAGACGCUUACACUCAUCUGUCAAUGUCCUGAGUGUGACGUUUGGGUCUUGAUCCAGUCGAGCUAAAAGUCUAGUCCUGAUCUCAGCGUCCUGUGGUGACUGAAGAGCUUUGAUGAAUAUUAAGCAUUUAAAUUGGUCAUCAGUCAACGAGCGUAACUUGAAACGUUCACAUUCUCUGUUGACGAUGUCUGCUAGAACACCAUAUUCAUCGGCUUCGCGUUUCACCAAAUUUAAACACCGAUAUCGAAUACUAAACAACGAGGAUGACUCGCCGAAUAUCUCUGACAACUGAAAUACCGUCUCCUCGAAACUGAGCUCUCGAGGUAACUUUGGCAAUACAUGGUCAGCAAAACGUGCAUGUUCAUUGCUUCCCAACUUACGUACCAACAAUCGGGUCUUCCACGCAUCGUCUUGGUUACAGAAUUCUGUUCUAAAUGUAUCUUCCCAACGUCUGAACCACGUGAGAAAAGUAUUUCCACUUUCGGGAUCAUAGAUGAAUUCUGGGAUGCUGCUAGCAACUGCAUCACAAGACGUACUUGAAAUAGCAUGUGAACUCGAGCUGUGGAUGUUGAGCUGUUGAGUCAGAGUCUCCAACAACCGCAUUUGUGCAUCAAGUUGUACUUGCUGUUGUUGUAGUAUUCGGUUAAGCUGGUCAUCUGAUAUGGGCAUCUUGAAUUUGUUUUCCUUUUUCCCCGUCGCCACUGUUAUAAUCUCCUUCUUACAGUUAUGACCCAGCUAUUCCUAUUGCUUAGUAUUCUCGGACACCGGUUCACUCGACAAGUCCCCAAAUCAGAACACGGUUGAACAGGAAAGAGAUUAUAUUCCAAAUAACAAAGUUAGUUGGAAGUAAGAAGCAAAUCAGAAGCACAAUAGGGAAAACGUCAGUAUAUUUAUAGUUUUCACAUAAGAAGAUUCCAGAGUAUUCUCCAACUAUCGACUAGUGCUGAUUGGAUAAGAAUGAGCCAAUCAGCGUGCAUCAAAGCAAUCAUGCAUUGAGCAUGCUUUAAUCCAGUCUAUGUCCCGCUAACAAAUGUUUUUACUACUGUUCAAGUUUUAUCAGGAAAAUAUUUUAGAAAAGUGCAACCAUAUUGCAACUUGAUCAAUAGGUUCGAUCACCGUUAAGAACUUUACAUACACACUGGUCAUUACUCACUGAUCAACUGAUUGUAAAUAUUUCUCAGUAUCAGGAAGUUAUUAGUAACCCGAAUAGUUCAAUGGUAACGUCUGCAACCGUGAAACUAAUUGACAUGGGAUCGAAUCCUCCAAAAAGCACCGGUUACCUAAAGAUUACAGGUAUACCUUAGCUGCCCGACCGUUGUUGCUACCUUGACGUGGUGGUCGGGCUUGCCUAUCGUGAUGAAGCAACCGAGCUAUGCUGGCUGGAACAACUGUUCCUCAAGGUCCUACCAUGUCAGACAGGUCGGUUGAAUAGCGGUAAGACUAAAAGCAACAAACCCAAGGUCCGAAGGCGAAGUCGUACUGCUGACUGUACAGAGGUGUGAUGGCAGUAAAAUGUUUCCUUCAGACAACCAGCAUGACAGCAAUGCUACCUUCCCACAAGGAGGGGUGGGGUUAGAAAAGGUCGAACCUAGAAAUGCACAUCUCACCUUAUCCCAUGGAUAUCCGUCCCCAGCGGUAAGGUCUCAUCAGGUGGGGAGCUAACAGGAAAAUUACUCACCAAAGGGUCGUGUGUGACUGACUUCAAGCUGACGUCCCCUGGGCACUGUGGUCAUUCUCUCAGGUCACAAAGACCACCUCUAAUCCAAUUUCCUUUUCAGGUACCUCCAGAAGAACCCUUCCACGGUAUGGGCAACCGGAAAGUGAUGACCUCUUUCAUACCUCUGACAGCACUCAAGAUCAAUGUAUUCAUAAUCAAUCUCCCUCUAAUUCCUAUUAUUCCUCCCACACUGACUUUCAACACCAAAAUUCAUCUUUUGGCUUCCUCCUCAAGUGUAACCAUAGCCGACGACUGUAGUGCGUAAAACACUAUCCCAGGUCAAAUGAAACCUCGCUCCAGAUUAAAAAUUGGAGCCUUUAACGUACGCACCCUAUGUAAAAUCGGUCAAAAGACCUCCUUGGCUAAAACUCUAGAGUCUCGUACGGUUGAUAUAUGCUGUCUCCGAAACACACAUACACGAUCCUAGUGUAAUCAUUCGACUAUUAAACACACUAAUCUUAGUUCAGAAUCUCUCGGUGUACAGGGUCAAAUGCUGCUUUUAGAUCAAGAAAUAUAAUUGUCGAACGCCGAUGAGCAUGCCUGUGCUCUAAAACUGACGUGACGAAUAGUGAAUAUGUUGUUGAUACAACCACGACUAGGUCUGAAGCCAGUCUGAUUUUCUCGUGUUCGCAGUUCACGAGUCUCAGGCGUGGAUUCUUAAAACUCACUUGGCUUUUGCCAACUCGGGUCACCUAUGGCGAAGCCUAGAUGUUAGACACAGGGUAUCAGAGAAUGGUGGUAUAUCAGUUGACGAGGUUGUGAAUUUUCAUCGACUGAGAUGGUUAGGACAAGUGUUAUGUAUGCCUGAAAACUGAUUACCAGGACGCGCAAAGCUGACUAGUGUUGGAUAUGUAUGGAAGAAACUUGCCUGUAUGGAUACAACAUAAUGUCUCUUAUGUUCUGAUAUAAAUUUAAUCCGAAUCAGUUCAACUCCCUGUGAAAAAAUAUAUAUAUUAAGUAACAUUACUUUCUAAACUUUUUUUAAAAUCUGUGAAUCAAUGUGUUAUUAAAAGCAUGUGUUCACUCAAAUGUUUUUUGUUUCCAAAUACUCUAGGGACUUUUAUAAUCUGAAAAUGAAUUUGUGUUAUGAAAGAGGUUUUUAACCCAUAUUCUCUCCAUUGUAACAAAAUUAAUUUUUAUGCAUAAGGGCAUACCGAACAAUUGAUCACACAGCUCACUCAUUAUUUCAAUUUUCACCAUAGGCUUGUGGAGAUUGUUGAAUUUUAUUGAUAUUGCGAACCGGUCUAAGUUAGAAAACUAAUUGAAACCUAGAGGAAUCAGAUGGUCGUUUCGUCCUAGUAUGAGACCCAUCAGCAGUGCACAUCCACGACUCUAAUCGGUAUUCAAACCCACGGCCUUUAACCUCACACAUGAAUUCUUAACCCUUAUACCACUGAAUCUGGAUCCAGUGGUGUACAGGUCAUACUUCAAUCAAUCCAUGAUAUUACAUGAUCAUCCUUUAUUGUUUUCAGUGAGUAACUUUCUCUCACUGGACAUUAUUGAACUACACUGGUUUAUUUACUUAGUGGUUAAUUCUACAAUCAUUUUAGUGUUUGGUCAUUUGUCUUUUUUUAUUCAGCUAUUGAAAGCUCUUCCUGUGAUGCAAUCUCAAAUAUUAACUCUAUUAGAAUUUGAUGCUCUGGAAAAAGACUUGAACAAUGCAAUUAUUAACGCUGCUUUCCUAUUAUUGUAUAAAGAUCUGAUUCGUCUAUUUGCCUCAUAUAAUGAGGGUAUGAUUAAUUUGAUAGAGAAAUACUUUACUUUGAAACGAAGACAAUGUCGUCUUGGCUUGGACCUAUAUCAUGCUUUUCCAGGUUUAUUAUCGAAGCUUACUGAAUUCCUUGCACUUGCUGAGAGUUUGGGAAUUGGCGAUAAGGAUAGUCUAGGUCUACAACCGGUCCCAGAGAAAGUUAUUCAAGCCAUGGAGCAACACUUACAAAUUUUGGAAAGUAAAAAGGGAUCAGAUGAUGAAGAUGAAGAGACUCAUACUUCAACCAAACCAAAUGUACCAAAGAAGCCAACACUCCCUGUACCUAUUCCAAGUCAAACCGUAAUCUCCACUGAAGCUAACAAGAUUUCUAGCCAUAAUCCACCUAAUCGAAACAGAGAUUACAAUGACGAUGCUGAAUCAAUAAACAAAACACAUGAUUCUAAUAUUCUGGAUCAAUCUGAACAAUUGAACGAUGAUACAACUGAACCGACUGUUGCAUCAUAUCCAACUUUGGUCUUAAAUGAUGAAGAUGGAUUACCUUCCGCUUUACAAGAGGAGAUAAUUGCAACUGCUAAAGGUCACUUAAAUGAAACACUUGUCAAGAGUUCCGAAGCUGUAAAACGUUCAACUCAACAAGGUGCAGUUAAAGUUCCAGUACAUACACAAUUGGGCAGAUCGGAACAUCGAACUGUAUCAGUGCCACCGACACGUUCACGAUCACCAUCACCAGCUCGUCCACCCCCAUCACCUAACCGUCAAUAUGAGAAAACUACACCGAAACAACCAUCGAUCAGUGCAAGCGAUAGUGAAGCAAUUGAUGAUGACAAUACUGAUGGUAUCAAUAAGACAAAACAUAAUUCAUCAUCAUUAGGUCUUAAUGUAGAAGUGAAUGCACAGACUGAUGCUUCAUCUGUAUGUGCUAGUCCUUUUGCUGGUGAUGAAGAACCAGUUGAACCGGUAACUGAUACUGAUACUAAUGUAUGGUCAAAUAAAUCAUCAGAAGCUCAUGUUGAACCAAUGCAUGGUAGCAAUCAACAUUCAGCAAUCGAUGAUUUACUUGGUCUUGACUUAUGGUCCGCUAAUGAUUCUAUUCCACAAACCAAUAUUGAACCUAUACCUUUCUCAGCUCAAACUGAGUCUGUUGGAAAGGAGUCUGAAUCAAAGCCUUCAGCUAUCAAUACUACUGCUACUACUACCAAUACAACAGGUCCUGCUUCAGUUUUUGACGACUUAUUGGCAUUAGAUCCUCUUUUGGAGAAAGAUUCCGUCAGUGGUGGUACUACUACUACUACUACAAAGAUACCAGUGAAUAAUCCCCCUACGUCGUUUAAUAAUUCACUGCCUCCAGGUUUAAAACCUGUUCCUUCAACUGUUCCAAUACGUCCUGCUGUUGUUAUGUCCGCAUCACAAAACAAGAAUCCACUUGAUGCAUUAGACAGCACCUUGUCGAAUUUGGCUUCAAGUUUAGGGGGUCAGCAAACCUGGGGCUCUACUAAUUUGAAGAAGAAACCACUGGCUGAAAGUGAGAAACCAACGUGAAUUUCUAUGGAUCAUCUAAAGUAGAGAAUUCUCAGAAAGAAUACUAUUAUCUCAUUAAAUAUAUACAUAUACUUAUAUCUCUUAUAUAACCUUUUUUCUUCAUUAUAUAUUUAACAGAAUCUCCUUUUUGUUCCUUACACUUUUUGUUGUUGUUGUUGUUGUGAUAAUUUUUGUGCAUUUAUGGCUUGCUGAUUAUCUUCCCAUUAUAUCCAUGUUUUCUUUUCCCCCCUGUUAGUUUUCGUUAUCUUCAUGAAUGCUUUACUACUACAACUAUGUAAUUCUAGCAUUUAAAGAAGAAAAAAAAACACAUUCAUAUUUCUCUUACAAUUUUAGUUCAUCAGUUAAUACAUAAAAGUAUCUUUAUUAUUGAUUCUUCAAUCCUAACAGUGUUCUCUGAAAUGAUCACUUUGAUUCGCUUAUGAUUAUUUAAAAGAAAGAUUUAUUUCAAACAAAGGACAAGUUCUGUUUUGUAGAAAUUCAGUAGAGUGUAGCUACGUGUUGGAACACAAAAUAGUUCGACGUUUUGCGGUCUAGUUACAUUAAGAGCUCUGUCUUUGUUAUGAUUCAUCUUUAACUAUUGCAUCCGGCUUCUAUUUUGGUAUUGUUAUGACUAUAAAUUUUAUGGGCCGAUUCAUGUGUAAGAAGUUGUUUGAUGGGCUAUAGGUUAUUGGAACCGAAUACAAAGUAAUAACUAAAACCAGAAACUGUAUUUUGGUUAUUCGGACUGAUGCUAAGUCGUGUCCAUUGUUAAUAUGGUCUGCUGCCCAACACGUUCAAGUCCUCUCGAUAUCACUGGUAGCCUUUACUUAGGAGUUAGUCAUCCGUACUAAGUGCGGAUACUUGUGCUCCGACGUCUCAUAAACUUUUAAGGUAAGCAUGUUUCACAAUGAUCUACCAGUGCUGUACUUUUGAAUUUAAAGUGUUGGUUUGUAUGCACGACCAUUGAGUGUACAUCAUCAUUAGCGGUUCUCAUUUAUCAGUUAUAUCCCCGUUUAAAUGAAGCUUAGAUGCUUGAGAUUUUGAGUUGCUGGUUUUCCAAUGGGUACGCAUGUUUUUAAAUAUUUUUUACUGUCAUCUUAAGAUCAGACACUAGGAGAGAUAAUUCGCACUAAUUUAACGCAAAAUACACGCUGCGGGCACUCAUUCGAGAUAUCCUCUUCAAUAAAGUUUCAGUUUGCUGAGUUUUAGUCCUUGCUUUGUAUACCGACUUUUAUUUGGGGUUUGUGAAAACGUACUCCGUGUUUCUUAAUAUUUUGUUACCUUUGGUUAGUACUUGCCAUUCUCUUUACGUUUUUUUAUGCAUGAUAUCGGUUGCUCUUGAUAAUUGAGUUGGUUCUGUCAGACAGAAGUUUCCACCUCAUCUUGUAGAUAGUAUCAUUGCUUACUCUAAGGCACUUAACAGUUGUAUUAAACAACAUGUCUUUCAUACUACGUAAUUUUGUACGAUACAUACUUUAGAGUGUUUAGUGGGUUAUGUGUACUGUUAGGGUAUUUUGUAUUAUCGAUAUUAUUUGUUAUUAAAAUCCUGUCUUGAUAUUUGCUGUCCCACUGAAACCAUUAUUCUAAGUUUUGAUUGAGUUACAUCUCCACAACUAAAUCGAUUACUGAGGAUGAAAGAAAGAAUUUACUAGGAAAAAAUUUAUUGAAUUUCGUGUGCUAUAUGGUUUAAUAAACCUAGAGAUUCGACGUCUUCAUUCUAUGUCUACUCAGAACCUUCUAUCUUGCGAAACUUAAGUGCGUGGGAACUGUUGAAAGGACUUACAGGUGACAGGUAUACUAGAAGCUAUAAUAAGCCGAAUGCUUAUGACUUAAAUAAGUCUUUUGUACGUCAGUCAUCUGAUGUCAUGCUCCCUAUAUCUAAAAUUUUUAAGAACAGUUGUGUUCCUACUUUCACUAAAAUUGAUGUCCGAAAAUGUUCUGCGUUAUCUACUUAAGAGUAUCUUUAAUAAAAGAAAAUUUUCCUUCUGCCCAACACUUGAUCCUGUGUCAUAAGCUCACAGUAUAGAUAUUCAGUUAAACUCUAUAAUGCGUACGUCACAUAACUGGUUCUCAGAGUUUAGAGAAACUGUUCGGUGGGAUUCUCGACUUUCAAUGUAGGAAAUAGGUAGCAAUGCUUACAUUGGAAUACUUUGUGGGAUAAUUAACGCUCAAUCGAUGUACUAGAUUAUCCGACACUGGCGGAAUAGAUUGCGCGCAUCGAAAAAAAUCGAAAUUUUAAUGUAAUAAGACACUGAAAAAGUAAUUUCAUGACACUCGAACGUACUAUGUUUGACUUAGAGAGAGGCCACUCGUAAAUCCCCAAAAACUGACAUUUAAGAGAGUCUAAAUAGUUCACGGAUUUUAGGUCUAUCGCCGUUUUUACAGCAUUUAUUUAUGCUAAAAACGAGCCAAAUACCAAAUUGUUGACUAACCAUGAUGUGACUGUUCAUUCUGUAUGAUGUUAUUUCAAUUCAUCCCAUUAUCUAUCGGAUAUUACCUUAUCUCAGCUGUAAGCUUUUCUGUAACAUAUAAGCACGUUUGGUAAAAUAACGUACUGAACAUAAAGACGAAUGUGAUACGCAAGGAUUUUUGAUAACGUUCCUGCUCUAAACUUGUUGCAUGUUAUUCUAAUCCGUAUUUUAAUUCACGAACGUGAAACUUUCAGGUUUAUGUAAAGAGUUGCGUUCUUAUUGUUUUUGGUGUUUCUUCACUGUCACUACAGUACUACCGUUAUGGUAGGAGACUUCUAAUCGCGAAAAUAUAGGAUAACCCUCUAACUAAAGGUAUGUGGUUGAUCAAAGUAAUGUCUAGUGGCACAUAUAGUAAAUUCAUUAAACAAUGUAAACUUUAUAGGGGAGUGCACGGUAGACCUAGAAAGGGAAGGUAAUUAAACACGACAAAGCCGAAUGGCAGAUUUAUCAUGAACUCAUGAAGUUUUUCCAUCAAUCCUUUAGGUUUUGAAACUUAGGAGCUCUUUCUUCUACUAGUAAUCUUGCAUUACUUCAACCACCAACAUUACUCAGAGGGCUGUUCCUAAAUUUCAUAGUUAUAUGAAACCUUUUACAAUGUCGUAAUAUUUUAAUACAAUUACCCUUCGGUUAGUUGAUCUAGAAAUUCUUAUUUGAUGUAUCCCAAAGUAGCGAAAUUUACUGAGGAUGACGGUCUAGGUGUCUAACGUUCAACCGUGAAUAUCGCAAAGUAGACUAUUUCUGGAUGCUACGAUACAAAGCAACAAAUAAAAUAGUUCUCAAUCGGAAGCUUUUACUCAUUUUUUAGCGGUUC